UCCGAAGCUCUCAAAAAAUUUGAGACCUGAUUUCUCAGCCACAUUUUUUUAUCAUUGGUUGUCUUUACUAUAUCACAUACUGAAUAUUCAUUACAAAAUGGGUGAAAAUUACGACUAUAUUUCUGAUAUUAAUGCGAGAAAACUUUGUUGGAACUUUAAAGUAUAUGUAAUCAGAAUUUGGGAACAUCCGAGUAAGUUCAACGAGAAGGAGGUUGGAAGCAUUGAAAUGAUCCUACAAGAUAGUAAGGGUGGAAGGGGCCAUGCUUCAAUACCCAAGUCUAUAGUUAAGAAAUGGAGUGGUGUAUUUCAGGUGUUUCAGAUGUAUAUUAUGACGAACUUUAUAGUGGUGGACAACAAAACCAUAAAAAAACCCACUCCAUAUCGCUGGAUACUGACUUUUUCACACAGGACGGAGGUCAAUCACGUUAUGAAUCCUACUUUUCCUCUUGACGCAUUUGUGUUCAAGACUAUACCGGAAUUGCUUACGGCCGAGAAGAUCGAAAACUCAGAGCUAUUUGACAUGAUUGGUGAGGUAGUUGGAAAGCAUGAUCCCAGAGAGUUGGUCACCAGCAAAGGGAAGGAGACCAAACGGUUGGUUGUGGUGUUGCAAGAUCUGGAAAAAAAUAGGAUUAACUGCACUUUAUUUGGUGAAAUGGUCGAUGAGAUACUACCACAUCUGGAAGUUGGAAGGCUGGAGCCACUUAUUGUAGUUAUACAAUAUUUUAAGGCAAUUAGGUGGAAUGGACAAACUUCGGUCCAGAGUCAUUUUGAGAUCUCCAAACUCCACAUCAAUGCAGAGUUGAAGGAUGUUGUUGGAUUUAGGGACAGGUUGCUAAAGGGGGCACCAUCCAAUGCUUCAAGAAUAAGUCAAAUGUCAUCCCAGAGUGGCUGGUCUGGUGUGGAAGAGAUUACUAAUGGGUCUGCAUUAGUUAAAACCAUUGAAGAGGCCCUGAGUUCCAAAGAGGAGGGUCCUAUUUGGGUUGCUGGAACUAUUGUGGCCAUAAAUUGCAGCAAUAAUGAUUGGUAUUACAAGGCCUGCAGAAGAUGUCCUAAGAAAGUUGAAACACCAGUUGGUAAUAGAUACGAAUGUGACAAAUGCGGCCACACGCAUGGAAUUGCAUCUAUAAGAUACAAGGUGGAGGUCAUGGUCUUUGAUGGAACAGGCAGCAUUUCCCUCUUGCUAUGGGAUAGAGAAACAAGCCAAUUAUGUGGGAAACAAGCUGAAAAAGUUUUGGAGGAAGAUGGUGGGCGUGAGGAUGAAUACCCCCCUACCCUAGACAACAUGAUGGAUAGGAGACUUUUAUUUAAGAUAAAUGUGAAAGCUGCUAAUAUCAGUGGCUAUGAUCAAGUGUUCACUGUGAUGAAGAUAUGUGACGAUGAAGAAGUUGUUGACAAAAACCUACCCAAGAAUUUCGAUGGAAAUUCAUCAAUGAAUAUGACGGAGAAUGGGUGCAGUAACUCACUUGAUAUGUUUGGAAACAUUACUGAUCUUAAUACUGACACUGACCCUGAUGCUCAGUAUACUAUGGAUGUUAGAGAAGAUUCCAUAACCAGUCUCAAGUGUAAAACCCCUGCUAAAAGAGUUACAAAUGGCUUCAGAUCUGGCUCUAGCAGUGCAAUCCAAAAUGAAGAUGAGGGACAACUCUCAACAAACAAGUUUAGCCGAAAGAAUGCCAAGAAGCAAAAAUCUAUAAUGAUAGAUGGAGAAAAUUGAGUUUUUAAAUUAGUGUUUAAGCAUUGGCUUAAUAUUUAUGCUAU